GCUGCAAGAUCAAAGCGCUGCGCGCCAAGACCAACACGUACAUCAAGACGCCCGUGCGGGGCGAGGAGCCCGUCUUCAUCGUCACCGGCCGCAAGGAGGACGUGGAGAUGGCCAAGCGGGAGAUCCUCUCGGCCGCCGAGCACUUCUCCAUGAUCCGGGCGACGCGCAACAAAGCCAACGGGCUGGCGGGCGCCCUGCCGGGGCCGCCCAACCUGCCGGGCCAGACCACCAUCCAGGUGCGGGUGCCCUACCGCGUCGUGGGGCUCGUCGUGGGGCCCAAGGGAGCCACCAUCAAGCGCAUCCAGCAGCAGACGCACACGUACAUCGUGACGCCGAGCCGGGACAAGGAGCCCGUCUUCGAGGUGACGGGCAUGCCCGAGAACGUGGACCGGGCCCGCGAGGAGAUCGAGGCGCACAUCACCAUGCGGACAGGCUCCUUCGUCGACGUCAACGCCGACAACGACUUCCACUCCAACGGCACCGACGUGUGCCUGGAGCUGCAGGGCGGCGCGGCCGCGCUCUGGGCCAAG